AUGGAAACCAUGUCACCACAGCAACAGAACGAGCUGAGCCGCAGGACGUCACUCACCGGCGAGUCCAAGACCAGCACGCAACAUGAACACAAGAGGAGGAUGAAGUCUCUGAGCCAUCGUCGACAGUCCGCUCCCUCUCUGGUCAUCAACAAAGCCCUGACCAGAUCCAGAACUUUCUCCAGAGAGAGCUUCCUGGUUCCUGUCUGUCCAGAGACGUGCCCAUUGGUCCAGUCGUUCCUGUGUCCUGAUAGGGCGUUCCUCCUGCACGGCCACGUCACGCUGAAGACUGGGCUGCAGACGCAGGACAGAGACCUCUUCCUCUUCACCGACAUCCUCAUCAUCGCCAAGUCCAAGUCUCCCACACACUUCAAGCUGAAGGCCCAGGUGUGUGUGGGUGAGAUGUGGACAGCCCAGUGUAUGGAGGACGUAUGUGAGGGCAGCACCAACCCAGAGAGGAGCUUCGUCAUGGGCUGGCCCACCUGCAACUGUGUGGUCACCUUCAGCUCUGAGGUCCAGAAGGAGAGAUGGCUCUCCCUGCUCAAAAGUCGAAUAAAAGAGGAGAAGGAAAAGGAUGAUCCUAAAACCAUUCCGCUGAAGGUGUUUGGGAAAGGCAUCGGGAGUUGUGCUCAGGCCGUCAGUAAGACCUUGGGUGUCAGUAACUCUGAUUCAACCAAUGAGGUUGUCCGACUCGCUCUUCAACAGUUUGGUGUCACGGUGUGUAUAGAAUCGAGCAAUACUGACUACCAGCUGUGGGUAAGCUCCAAGAGGGACAACGCCCCUUACCCUCUCAUUGGUCAUGAGUUCCCUUUCAGUAUCCAGAUGAGUCAUAUGCGGGAGCCCCUGGCCCAGCCGGGCCGCAGGGACACAGUUCCACCUCCAGACAGACAGAGGGCGAUGCACCGCGACCAGGUACAGGUGGACAAACAGUGCCAGUUCAUCCUAAAGACCCGAUGCAGCUCCACAACAACAACGCCUGUGAUUGUAGACCCAGCUCAGAAGCCCUUCAAGCGAAGGCGUUCUCUCAUCAACUGGGCUUUCUGGAAAGGCUCCAAUCCUAACCUCCACAGUUCCUCUACAAACCUCUCCUCACCUGCCCCCGGCUACCUGUUUGGCCAAUCGCUGAGCACCAUCUGUUGGGACAACUCCCUGCCCAAGCCCGUCAUGGACAUGCUGGUGUUUCUGUACAACGAGGGUCCGUUCACGCGAGGGAUAUUCCGACGGUCAGCGGGGGCGAGGGCGUGUCGUGAACUCAGGGACAGACUGGACUCUGGGGCUCAGGAUGUCCCGCUGACACGGGAGCACGUCUUCAUCAUCGCUGCUGUGUUUAAGGACUUCCUGCGGAACAUUCCGGGCAGUCUGCUGUGUUCCGAUCUCUAUGAACAGUGGAUGGAUGUGAUGGAGGAAGCAGAAUCGGAGGAGGCAGAGGAGGAGGAGCAGGCACAGGAUAUAACGAGGCUGAUUGGUCUACUGCCCAAAGAGAACGCCCUGUUGCUACGCCACGUGGUUGCCGUGCUGCACGGUAUCCAGGAAAACGCCCAUGACAACCAGAUGAACGCCUUCAACCUGUCUGUGUGCAUUGCUCCCAGCAUGCUCUGGGCUCCGGGCCCCAGCAGCCCUGAGGUGGAGGGGGAGGGCGCCAAGAAGGUGUGUGACCUGGUGAGGUAUAUGAUAGAACACUGCCAGGAGGUCCUGGGAGAGGAUGUCACCUCUGUGUUUGGAGGUCUACCCCGGAAACGUGCCGAAUCGGACGUGUCUUCCUUCCACCUGACCGACUCGUCUUAUGACAGCCUGGAGAACAUGCUGAAUGAUGACAGCAGUGAGUCUCCAUGCCUCCACACCUCACGGCGGCGCUGGAGAGCCAAGCCCCUGCAGGGCAGCCUGGACUCGGUCCUCACCCUGAGUGACUGCGACCUGGAGCAGCCCGACCUGGACACAGACCCCGACACCACAGACCCCCAAUCUGGCAACCACCACCACCGUGAUACGAUCACACAACCUGGAUCUGGCAACCUCCUCCAGCCCUCAACCCCAGCCCGAGGCAGGACCAGGAAACUCAGCCCAGCUGCGCCCCCCUCCUGUCCCAGCCCCCCAGCUCCUCGGAGAGGGGGGAGGAGGUGCUCAGAGCCGGCCAUAGGGUACUCUGUGGCCAGCUUCGUGGCGCGACUGGCAGGGAACGCAGACAGGCUGGGUAGCAUUGAUGACCUGGCUGGAGGUGGGGAGAUGUUUCACAGCUUACGGAAGGAUGGACAGACACACGGACCCACACACACAGGGGACUGGAAUGGCAGUAAGGGUGUGUGUGAGGGUUCGGGGUCACAAGGUGCACAGACGCGACGCCGGGAUGCGAGCUACUCCAGUCUCUCUUCGCCCCCCACCCCCCCCACACGCUCCUCAGUGGACUCCCUGGACAGCCUCCUCUCCCACUCCAGCAUCCAGUCCGCUGCAUUCUGGCAACCCAGGGUGGGACCCAACGCUGCAAGAUUGACUCCCUCCCAUGUCCCUCCUGGUCCUCCUGUCCCUCUAACCCCCAUAUCUUCCCCUACUUUAACCCAUAGUCUACCCAUCCCAGCUCCAGGCCAGGGGCUCAGUCUCAAUAUCUCCCCGCCGAAGGAGAUCCCUUCCUGGGGUACGCUGAAGGGCUGCAGGGGGCUCCAUCCCAACACCUGGUUGAAGAGAGGUCGCAGACUGUCGCUGUCGCAGCAGGAGGAUGAGGGGGGUGUGGUGGGUUCCACUAACAAGACUCUCCCCACUAGCAAGUCAUGUCAGGAUAAAGGAGGGCUGAAACAGUCAUCUGAGGACCCCCCCAAGUCCAGCCUGGCCAGCUGCCCCCCAAAGGCAGGAGGGUUGCAGAAUCGCGGCAGGGUGACCAAGGACCGAAGAUCCAGUCAAGGCUCGGUGAGCCCACCAUCGUGCCAGAGGUCCCUGGAGCAUUUCCACUCCUGCCGCUCUCCCUGCUACCAACCAACAGACAGACCCCUCACUGUCAAAGAGCUGAGAGAGAUACACAGCCGGGCCUGCGCAGCGAGCAACACAGGAUAUGACGUCACAAACCAGGGCAGCCGUACCCCUCCCCAACAUGUGUUCUUUGGGCAGGGUGGACCCAGCUUGUCCCUAGCCAGGCAGAAGUCCCACUCCCUAGCCCCAGGCAUGGAGGGUCUCUCCGGGGGCAUGUGUUCCCAGCGCCGGAGCUCCGAGCCUGGGGCAGCACAUCUAGGCGAAGUUCUGGUUAAGGCCUCACACCCGGAUAGGCUUCACAGAGAGGCCAAACUGGGUCAGAGGUCAAAGUCAGUGGACGGGUCCCAAGACCUGGGGUUGAAGGUGUCCGACACGGACCAAAGCGGGGCUCCGAAGUUUUGCCUGUCUCCCUCUGCCACCAAGGCUGUGAGGGACUAUUUCUCAUCUCACACGCACAGUAAUCCCCAUAGUGGGCAGCAGGUGGCGCUAGCCCUGAUUCAGGGACAGAGGGAGCGGCUCAGGAGGUGUAGUGAUCCCAUGCUGGAGCCUGACUUUGACCAACUGCUCUUUGCUGAAGAGUCCUACGUGUGA